ACAGAGGAGGAAGAAAACAACAAAACAAACACGUACACACGCGUGGGGAAGUAAUACCUGAUUUCCAUCUCUUUAUACAGUAUAUAUAACCGAGCGAUUCUGUCAUCUCACCCAGCACAGCUCCACUCUCUGAUCCAGAGUCCAGCAGCUCCUCUCUCUCUGCUUGCAGUCUCCAGUCAAAAUGAACACAGCGAUGAAAAUGAGCGCUCUGCUGAUCCUCGUGCUGCUCGGCUCUCUGGAGCUUGUCUCUUCUGCUGAGAGCGCUAACGAAGGGGCGGUCUGCUGCACAAGCUAUGCAACAAAGAAGAUCCCACUAGCAAUGGUGGUCUCCUGGCAUAAAACCAGCAGCAGCUGUGCCAAAGCAGCCUAUGUGUUUGUUACCAAACGCGGAAAGCGCAUAUGUGUGGAUCCUACUGAUGGUUGGGUGAGGAGCCACGCAGCUCGGGUGGACAGCAGGUCAGCCACCACUGUAGCGCCAGGAACCAGCGAGAUGAACACUAAAGCCUAAGGACAGCCCUAACACCCCAGCGGGCUGUCAAUCUGUACGAAGACUUCCUGUUGGACACUGCGAUGGGACACACAAGAACAUAAGAGAGGAAUGUGUCUAAUCUGAUAUCCCUGGAUUUCAUUCAUGCAAUAUUGUCUGUUCUUUUCCUGUUCAUAAUGCAUUGUUUCUUUUCCUACAUUCAUUUUUCUGUUUUAUAAGUACAUCAUUUUUUUCCAGGAAACUUAUUAAAUGCUUUUGUAACAAACUUUGUUUCUUGUUUAAAGUUUUUUAAUUAUUCCUGCUAAAAUUCACAAAGCAGGAAAAAAAUCCUUACAGUACAGCAACUUUACUAAACAUUGCAACAUGUGCAUGUUUGUUGCACGUCACAAACUAAGAUCUAAGAUAAAGUGUACUUACAGCAAACAUUUGCCAGUUCAAUGUUCAGCUCAAAUUGCUGAUUUGUUUUAGAUUGUGUUCAAACAAGGAUGUGACUUAUGCCUGGAGAAAAGUCAUAAGUCACAUGAAUUUUAGCAAUGAAAUUUAGCACUUUUUGGUAAUUUGCUAUAAAAGGUGACUGCUGCACCAUCCAGUAACAAUUUUGUAUCAGUUUAAUAUCAUCAUUUUUAAAUAUUACAAUAAAACUAAAUGCCAGUAUUCAUAUGAUUUGUA